AUGUCAGUUUUAGCGAACGCGCCAAGUACCAGCAAGGAGACGGUGGAAGAACUGGAAAAAGAAGAAGUGCGCCACGAACUGGUCGAGGAGAUCGACAAGCAGUUGGAGCGCAAAAUUCUAUGGAAGCUGGACAGGAGGAUUCUACCAGUGCUUGCCAUUCUGUUCCUCUGCUCGUUCCUGGACCGAACCAACGUCGGCAAUGCCCGCCUCUACGGACUCGAGCAGGAGGUCGGUAUCACAGACAAGCAGUACGAUGCGGGUCUCGCCGUCUUCUAUGCGACCUACAUCGCCGGCGAAAUACCCAGCAACCUGAUCCUCAAGAGACUCACGCCGCAGGUCUGGCUCCCGUGCCUUGCUUUCUUCUGGGGUAUCAUAGCCAUGAGCACGGGAUUCAUCAAGACGUUCUCGCAUUUCGUGGCAGUUCGUGCGCUUCUGGGCAUAUGUGAAGGAGGCCUGUUACCAGGAAUGAUCCUCUACCUCUCGAGUAUCUACACGAGACAGGAAUUAGCCAUUCGGAUUGGCAUUUUCUACACAUCCGCUUCUUUAUCUGGGGCAUUCUCGGGUCUUCUUGCUCGCGGGAUCUCUGAGCUUGGCGGACGAGGCGGCUUAAGCAGCUGGAGAUGGAUCUUUAUCAUAUGUGGCUGCUUUGCUGAUCUUGCCGAACAGACUGCCACGAUGGGCUUCACUUCAUUUUGGCUUCUGCCGAACGGUGCGGGCUCCGCCAAAUUCCUCACACCCGAGGAGCGGCAAAUCGCCAUGAAGCGUCUUCACCGCCCCGGCGGUGGUAAUGGCAGAGAGAAAGAGGAGACUGAGAAGAUGGCCUGGUCUGAAGUGCGCCGCGGUGUCUUUAGUUGGCAAACUUGGCUCACAGCCAGUGCAUAUUUCGGAAUCUUGAGCGGAUUAUACAGCUUUGGUCUUUUCCUACCGACCAUCAUUCAGGGGCUGGGGUACACCUCCAAUGAAGCACAGUUGUGGUCUGUGAUCCCUUAUGCCGUCGCGUCUGUCUUCACGGUCUGUACAGCCUACCUCUCGGACCGCUUCCGAGUCAGGGGUAUCAUUAUGCUGUGUUCACUACCGAUCGCCAUUGUCGGGUACGGGGUGAUUGCAAACACCCCUUCUCCUCAUGUCAAAUACGGAAUGACCUUCCUCAUGGCCACUGGCCUGUACAGCAGUGUGCCACCCGUUCUUGGCUGGCUCUCAAACAACUCUGCCGGCCACUACAAGAGAGCGACGACGAGCGCCAUGCAGCUCAUGAUCGCAAACUGCGGUGGGUUCGUCGCCGUCUUCGUGUAUCCCAAGGCGCAGGGACCGGGGUACCACAAGGGUCACACCAUUAUCAUGAGCCUCUUGGUCGCCGGAUGGUUCUUGGUCCUAUGUAACGUCGCCUAUUGUUGGAAGAUUAAUAAGGACAAGGUCAGGGGAAAGUAUGACAAGUAUAUUGGCUACAACGAUGACAGAGAUCCGACAUUCGAACUUGUUCUGUAA